UCAUCUGGCUUUUGUUUUUCUUUGUUUGCGGCGUUCAUCAUUCGUUCGCUUCGAUCCGAAAUGGCGCUUCUGCGGAGCUUUUCAAAAGAUAUUUGCGGUGCUUUUCGACGCUUUGCCAGCGGCAGUUCGAGUGGCUGCACCAUAUAUAGCCUCAGUUCGGGCCACAUCAAGUGCGGUGUCUCCGUCAUACGUGUCUCCGGUCCACAGACAAAGCAAGCACUCCGCGCCAUUGUCAACAAUGUCGAUUAUGAGCCAAAACAGCGACAGGCGUAUCUAAAAUCGUUUUAUCAUCCCGCCAAUAAAGAGAUUAUCGACAGGGGUCUGCUGCUCUGGUUUCCGGGUCCCGCGUCCUUCACCGGCGAAGAUGCAUGCGAAUUUCAAGUGCAUGGCUCAUUGGCCGUCAUUGCGGCCAUGUUGGAUGCACUGGGUCAACUGCCGGGACUGAGACCCGCUCAGCCGGGAGAGUUCACCAAGCGCGCCUUCUUUGGCGGCAAACUCGACUUGACAGAGGUGGAGGGCCUGGCGGACUUGAUACACGCCGAAACAGAGGCGCAACGGAAGCAGGCUCUGCUUCAAAGCACUGGCGCUCUGGCCCGUCUCUAUGACAACUGGCGUAAACGGCUCAUCCGCUGUGCCGCACACCUGGAGGCGUACAUUGACUUUGCCGAGGAGGAGCAAAUCGAGGGUGGCGUCUUAUUACAGCUGUCCCGAGAGCUGAACGCAGUGAAGCGAGAGAUUCGCUUGCAUCUGAAUGACCAGCGGCAGGGUGAGCUGUUGCGGCACGGUGUGCGCACCGUCAUCAUUGGCGCACCCAAUGUGGGCAAGAGCAGCUUGCUGAAUCUGCUGUGCCAACGUGCCGUAUCCAUUGUGGCCGAGAAGGCGGGCACCACCCGCGACAUCAUCGAGACGACGCAUAACUUUGGCGGCUAUCCGGUGGUAUUUGCGGACACCGCUGGCCUCCGCCGCGACACAACAGACACCAUCGAAGUGGAGGGCAUGGCGCGUGCCAAACAAUGCUUAGCCCAAUCCGACCUUGUACUGCUGCUGGCAGACGCCAGAUCGCUGCGUGACGUGGACAACAAUAAGGCGCUUGCUGGUUACAUCGAGAGCUAUCUGCAGGAGCUGGACAUUCCGGCGGAACUGUGCCAUGGCAAGCGUUUGCAAUUGGUGGCAAAUAAGACGGACACGCUGUCCGCCGAGGAGACUCAGCGGAUUGGCAAACUAAACAUGCUAGCACUGUCCUGCCACAAGCAGGAUAAUCUGGCCGAAUUCCUGGGCGCUCUGGAGCAACUGUUGCAACAGCUGUGUGGCACACCGCAGGCAGAGCAUCCACGCAUCACCCACAUGCGCUACAGACAGCAACUGGAGCGUUGCAUCGAGCACAUUGACACAUUUCAAAGAGAUUACAAGCCCGACGUAUACCCGGACAUGGCCAUAGCAGCGCAGCAGCUGCGCAAAUCAGUUCGCUGCAUCGAACGCAUCACUGGACACGUCAGCUGCGAAGACAUACUCGAUGUGGUCUUUAAAGAUUUCUGCAUCGGCAAAUAGUCCAUAAAUGAUUUUUAGUUCCUAAGUUUGCAAUGUACCCAACAUAUAGACUGUCAAUAAAUAUGCCGAGUAUAUUAUUA